UUAAAGACAGUGUUCAAAAGAAUAGCUAGACGCAUCUCAAUAUCACAAAUCAUUGAUAUUUUGGGAAAUAUGAGGCACAUUAUUUAAUAAAUUUGUUAGAAUAUCGACAAUGACAAGCUCUCAAUAUAAAUAUGAUCAAAAUUUGGAUAUUCGAUUCGACAUCGAUUAUAGUGACUAUGGUAGAAACCAUCAAGGCAAGAAUUUGUCUUCGACUACAAAAAAUCAGAUCUCGCCAAGCUCGACUGCAGCAAAGAAUUCUCCAUUUUGCGGAGGAAUGGUAAAGACAGUUGUGUCUGUCGCCGCAGUUUUAGUUAUUGCAUUUGCAGGCGUCGGCCUUGGUCUGUACUUUACAGGUGUCUUUAGAGGUAAUAUAAGACAAGAUGCUACAAAGAGCAACAAUACAGCUAAACCCGAGGGCAUAGUUACAAAAGCUGCAACCUUGGCAACGCAUACAGCCUCUUCAAGAAAUACUGUUCCGACAACACCAGAAGCCUCGACAAUAGUUGACAAAAAAUACAAUGAUGAUACAACAUCAAAUCCCUCAACAACUGUUGGACAAUACGACGAUAUAACAUCAUCAGAUACUUCGACAAUGGAUAAACAAAACGAUAAGAUUACAACAUCAGUCGCCGCGACAAUAGUUGAACAAAACGACAAAGUAACAACCCCAGCCGCUUCGACAACGGUUGGACAAUAUGACAAGGUCACAACAUCAGAUACCGAUACAACAGAUAAACAAAAAGACAACAUUCCAACAUCAGACGCCGCAACAACAGUUGAACAAAACAAAAAGAUGACUACCCCAGAAGUGCCUUUGAUCAAUGAAAAUGAAGCGUUCAUAGUUACUCAUGGCGAAUGGACAAAAUGGAGUGGUUGGUCUCGUUGCAGUAUCACGUGUAACAAUGGAACUCAGACGAGAACGAGACUUUGUCGAAAAACGUCUUCUGAUGACAUUGAUUGCGAUGGAGAGGACACAAUUACACGAAUCUGCAACAAUGGGAAAUGUCCAGAUUGUGAAAAAGCAUGUCCAGGCAAUACACUUUUAAAUGAAAACUGCACAGCUUGCAUAUGUCCUUCUAAUAUAAGACACAUUCAAGUUUUCAACACAAAAAUGGUACCGAUAGAUGGCGUGACGGUUGCAAGGCUAGACAUACAAUAUGACAUACUAGGAACAACCGCUGAUUCAAAUGGGACAUUCAUUGAUAAUCUUUGUAAAUCGGACUGGUUGAUAUUUAAGAAGUUGAAAUAUGUGGAUUUGAUACUAACUGUUGGUGGGGUCUCUUCCGAUCCGAUUAUCGUCACCAUGGAAACAACAGAAUCGAUAGAAGUCGUAAGUCAUCCUCAAGAUGUGGUAGCUCUCACUGGUGAUUCCGUCGACUUCACUUGCAGAGCUAUAGGGAAACCACCACCUAACGUUUAUCAGUGGUUCAAGAAUGGAAAGCAGAUAACAACCAACUCAUCAACAAAUCUUAACAGGUUAACGUUAGAUAGCGUCAGUGCUGACGAAAAAGGAUCGUAUUAUUGUAAAGCUAGCUCCGACUAUAGCUCUGCAAUCUCUAACAUUGCUUCCCUUGAUGUAAAAGAUGACGGUGGGAGUUUCUGUGAAACAUCACCCUCACAACAGUUUAAAAGGUUGCCGAAGGAUUGUCCCCAGAGUGGGGAAAAUCCUCUAAUGUAUGAGGUCGGCCGGUGUCGUAGAAACGAGUGCAUCCAGCGGCCAAAGUUUAAUACUGAAUCCAAAUAUUGCUGUGGACCUACACGUCAAACAAUGAGGAGUAUUACAUGUACGGACUAUUCCUUGGAUAUUUUAGUGACUUUGGAGUGUGGUUGUAUUAUUUGUAAUCAGGUUAAUGUUACUGGCAAUACCAUAACUACUGUCCGUAAGGUCACUGUUAGCGGAUAUGUUCAUGACGUAGUUGACACAAGCUCUCCUCUUAGAUUGGGUAAGGUUUAUUUAUUUGAUGAAGAGGUUGCAACGACAAAUUAUAAUGGUAACUUUAAAUUUGAAGUCAGUCUUGAAGUGACAAGGAUCGUAGUCACUUUUAAAGAAUGGAUCAUCAAAAAUAACUUCAUUGAGACAUCUAAGGUGUUUAACAUACCCAAAGAUUAUUCUGGCACAUUCUACAGAGACAUUCCCAUUUUGAGAAAAUCAACAGUUGUUGAAAUUUCUUCAUCAGAAACGUCAAGUCUUUCAUUAGCUAACUCAACGUCUGGUAGUUCAUUUGCUGAGAUCAUCAUUCCCGGUGGGUCAUUUUAUAAAGCUGAUGGUACAAGAUACGAUGGUCCUGUUCAAGCAGCUAUGAACUUUCUGGACCCUCGGAAUGAUGAAGACAUGAGUACCAUGGUGGGCGAUUUAACAUUCACUAAUGACGAUGGGGAAAUCGGAUUAUUACAAACGUUUGGAAUGUUCCAUCUAGCAUUUAGUGAUUCAACCGGAAAUGAACUUAACAUCAAAGGGGAAGUAGGUAUGGCUAUCAGUGCUGACGUCAUAGGCGCGAAACUGCAGAAUGCAACAAAUGUUAAGCUUUGGUCAUUUAACCCAACUUCGGCAAGAUGGGAAUUUGAAGGGAAUUUGAGACGAGUUUCGGACAGAAAAAAGCGAGCAAUUAAGGCUUCUGUCACCACAGACUUUUUUAUUGGUGACACAGUCAUAACAGAUCGCUACUGGUUUAACUUUGAUAACUCUCAGUUAAAUUACUGCUUCGUUAAAAUGCAUUUAUAUGCAGAUGAUGAAUCAACAACACCAUUACCCUGGGACAACUCUUUAGAACCUACUGUUAUUUCAUUGGAUCAAGCUGGCACUGGACGUGUUGUCACAGGAAGAAUGAGUCAAGACUGGAGGACAGGUGUUAAAUCAAAUGAAGACUGCAUAUUAACAGUAUGCGCUGAUUCCCAAUUCCAAGGUUACCUGUCCAUGCACAACGCAAUGGGUGCAUUGAACGCUUCGUUAAACCUCGGCGGAUCUACUCCAACUGCUGUAAGUUUAACAGUUGAUCAACUCAGUUCAACUACCAGUCGAGGGAGAGUCAUUGACACAACGAUUUCCCCACUCACGUCAAAUGGCCCUGUAUAUCAUAGCAGCAAGAGUAAUUGUUACAGUCAGAGUUCACCAUUGUGUAUGAACUGCUCUGCAACUCGGCCUGAACCUUAUCCGGAAUGUAUAUUUUGUAAAAGCCGGUAUUGCAGGUAUCCAAGUACGGUGUCUUAUGUAAUGUGUUUGAAAGCAAAUAAUGUUGACCCUCAUUUCCGUUUCUAUCAAAGUGCAGUUUCAUUAUUUGAGUAUUCUGUGUGCAAGGAGUUACAGGAAUGUCGUUCUGAUACAAGUGUUUGGCCUUUGAUGUGGUUUCCAAAAGAGACAAAUAGAUAUUCAGUUUGGUAUAUGAAGGUCCGUGUUGACGUUGAUACAACGAGGGUUGAAUCAUCAGUAAGAAUUGUGAGCAAAGGAAGUCACCCGAAAACACAAGGGAAAAUGUUUGGUAUUCGCGAAGACGAAACCAUUAAUCAAACGGCAUGUAUCGAAUUCAAAGGAAGUGGGAACAUAUUUACAGGCGCUCUUUACGAGCCCGAUCAAAGUAUUCUAGAAGUGUUUGUAGAAGGUACGGACUGUAAAGUAGAGAAUGUUUCCUCUCGUCUGAUUGAUAAGAUAAUAACUAAAGUAACACCUGCAGCGAUUGUUUCGUUUAAACUUCCUAUCCAAAAAUAUUAUGAUGGAAUAUACGAAGAUAGGGAUGACGAGCUUGAUGAGGCAAAGAGAGCCGCUAGAAACACUUGCAAAGGUGAACCAGGCGUAGCAGUUACAAUAACAUGCAAGAAACGUGAUAGUAGGGGUUAG